GGGCUCCGCCGCCGCCCCUGGAGACGCGAUGGGGAGGAAGCAGGUGGUUAGCGAGCCUCAGGUACUGUCGGGCUGCUGGACUUCAUUUAGUCUUCCCUUGAGCCGUCCUGGUUUUGAGGGGCGUAGGGCUGCGGUUUCUAGAUGGGCGAGAUGGGUCCUUUUUGCGGGACUUUUGAAAUGUGGACCGGGUCCCACUUCAUAGCGUCUGGAGAAGAGUAGCGCUUUCGUGGGACCAUCAUUCCUUCCCAGUUGUCAUUUUGACUGCUGUGUAGCAUUAGGGCAUCCUGCAGUGUCCUAAUCUUGUAGCAUCUUCAUGAAUCUGUUUGGAUGCAUACAACAGUGGAUUGCUAAAAUGUAUGCAAGCCUGUGGAAUCAGUGCCCUCUCUGUAAGCAGCAUGAGAUGCUUGAGAUAUUCAUUUGACUUCUAGACACUUCCGUUAGUAUUCAGUUCCUUUAAAGAUUUAUUUGCUUUCUGAAUAUUUUGCCCGCGCCUGUCUAUGUGCACCACUUGUGUGCCUGGUGCUCAAAGAAGCCAGGAGAGGCUGUUCAUUUUCCUGGAACUGGAAUUAUUGGUGUCCGCGAGCUGCUUUGUGUGUGCUGGAAACAGAACUGAACCUCUGCAAGAGCAGCCGUGCUCUGAACGGCCGAGGCAUCUCUCCGGUGCUUGGUAGUCUAUCAUGAAAAGUUUCAGAAUGCUCUCAACUAAUGCUCCCUGAAUUCGCAAAGGUGAUUUUUCUUACACAGCAUCCUCCACGGGCUCUUCCACCUGUGCCAAGUGCUAUUCAAGAUGAGAUUCCACUUAGCCAUCCUAAGAAAAAGAAAUCCAGAACGAAAAGCACACUAGCGUCUGCUUCUUCCGAAGGCCUCGCCGAGCCCGUUGUUGACAGGCGCUCUGAGAGCAGUGAGCCGCCAGUGGCAGGCCUCAGGGAGUCCCCAGAGGCUCCUGUCCAGAGGAGGCAGAAGAAGACAAGGCCACCUCCUGAGUUGGAGACUUCCUUCGCUGGAAAGCCAUCCAGUCCGUCUUCACUACGAAAUGAAAACGGCAUUGACGUGGAGCCGCCUGCGGAGCCAGUGAUUCCAAAACCACGGAGGAAGGCAAAGAAAACCCAGCCAGCCGAACUACAGUAUGCUAAUGAGCUGGGAGUGGAAGAUGAAGACAUAAUAACGGACGAGCAACGCACUCUGGAUCAGCACUCGAGGUUCACAGCGCCCACUGGGAUCAGCCAGCCUGUCGGCAAAGUGUUUGUGGAGAAAAGCCGGAGAUUUCAGGCGGCAGAUCGUUCAGAGUUGAUCAAGACCACAGAAAACAUAGAUGUGUCGAUGGACAUGAAGCCGUCCUGGACCACCCGGGAUGUGGCGCUUUCGGUGCACCGAGCUUUCAGGAUGAUUGGUCUGUUUUCGCAUGGCUUCUUGGCUGGCUGUGCCGUGUGGAACAUUGUCGUGAUCUACGUUCUCGCGGGAGAUGGGCUCUCUGACCUCUCCAACCUUCUGCAGCAGUACAAGCCCUUGGCAUACCCGUUCCAGAGCCUCCUCUACCUGCUCUUGGCUCUGAGUACUGUUUCAGCCUUUGACAGGACUGACUUUGCUAAAACAUCAGUAGCCAUCCGGAACUUUCUGGCCCUGGAGCCAACGGCUUUAGCCUCCUUCUUGUACUUUGCUGCUCUAAUACUGUCUCUGAGUCAGCAAAUGACAAGUGACAGAAUCCACCUUUACACCCCUUCUGUGAAUGGAAGCCUCUGGGCAGCGGAAGUUGAGGAACAGAUUCUCGGGCCGUGGAUCAUCGUGAAUUUGGUGGUGGCUCUUUUGGUUGGGUUGUCCUGGCUCUUUCUGUCUUAUAGGCCAGCCAUGGAUCUUAGUGAAGAGCUAAUGUUCUUCUCUGAUGUGGAAGAGUACCCUGAGAAAGAAGUCCAGCCGACUGCGUAAUGCCAGCCCUCUCACUGCAGUAAAGACCCGCAUAGUGCCCACCCUCCACUGCAGUAAAGACCCACACAGUGCCCACCCUCCACUGCAGUAAAGACCUGCAUCUCCCCACUUUGUUUUUAAGCAUAUUUUUAUAAGAUCUGUAUAUGUGUAUUUAUAAUUGAGCUUUUGUUAUAUAAUGCUGAAAUGCGUCUGAAGAUUAUGAAAAAUGUUUAAAUUGCAUCUGGUCUUUAUACCCAACAUUAAUUUCUAUAGUACUGUCACCUAAGUGAUACAGGAGACAAUGGGCUAAAAAAGCAGGCGGAAGUGUUUGUUUCCUGUUCUCUCAAAUCUGCUAUGUGCAUAAUCAUAAUCAUAAUAAAAAGCGCCAAUCUAAAAAAGCCAUAACCUCAGUGUUAUAGAAUAGAUAUCACGUUUAAAUGUAAAUUUAGAGAAUAGGGUAGAAGGGAAAUGCCUUCAUUUUGUAUUUUUGAUGUCUCCUUAUUGAACACACUACAGUAUAAAAUUUGUGUUUUCUGAAUCUGGUAAAUGUUUGUGUAUCAUGUAAGAAUUACAUUGUAAUUUAAAUUGAAAGAUGCUUUACUUCAUGGCUAAUAAAACAGAAAUAUUUUUGUUUGAAA